AUGCUUCCUCUCUUCAUCAAGAUGCUUCCUCUCUUCAUCAAGAUGCUUCCUCUCUUGCUCAAGAUGCAGCUUCCUCUCUUCAACAAAGUACUUCCUCUCUUGAUCAAGGUGCUUCCUCUCUUCAUCAUGCAGCUUCCUCUCGUCUUCAAGAUGCUUCCUCUCUUCAUCAUGCAGCUUCCUCUCUUCUUCAAAGUGCUUCCUCUCUUCUUCAAAGUGCUUCCUCUCUUCAUCAUGCAGCUUCCUCUCUUCAACAAAGUGCUUCCUCUCUUCUUCAAAGUGCUUCCUCUCUUCUUCAAAGUGCUUCCUCUCUUGCUCAAGAUGCAGCUUCCUCUCUUCAACAAAGUACUUCCUCUCUUGAUCAAGGUGCUUCCUCUCUUCAUCAUGCAGCUUCCUCUCGUCUUCAAGAUGCUUCCUCUCUUCUUCAAAGUACUUCCUCUCUUGAUCAAGGUGCUUCCUCUCUUGAUCAAGGUGCUUCCUCUCUUCUUCAAAGUACUUCCUCUCUUGAUCAAGGUGCUUCCUCUCUUCUUCAAAGUACUUCCUCUCUUGAUCAAGAUGCUUCCUCUCUUCAUCAAGAUGCUUCCUCUCUUCUUCAAAGUGCUUCCUCUCUUGAUCAAGGUGCUUCCUCUCUUCAUCAUGCAGCUUCCUCUCGUCUUCAAGAUGCUUCCUCUCUUCUUCAAAGUACUUCCUCUCUUGAUCAAGGUGCUUCCUCUCUUCAUCAUGCAGCUUCCUCUCGUCUUCAAGAUGCUUCCUCUCUUCAACAAAGUGCUUCCUCUCUUCUUCAAAGUACUUCCUCUCUUGAUCAAGGUGCUUCCUCUCUUCUUCAAGAUGCUUCCUCUCUUCAACAAAGUACUUCCUCUCUUCAACAAAGUGCUUCCUCUCUUCUGCAAGAUGCAGCUUCCUCUCUUCAACAAAGUACUUCCUCUCUUGAUCAAGGUGCUUCCUCUCUUCAUCAUGCAGCUUCCUCUCGUCUUCAAGAUGCUUCCUCUCUUCAACAAAGUGCUUCCUCUCUUCUUCAAAGUGCUUCCUCUCUUCAUCAAGAUGCUUCCUCUCUUCUUCAAAAUACUUCCUCUCUGGAUCAAGAUGCUUCCUCUCUUCUUCAAGAUGCUUCCUCUCUUCUUCAAAGUGCUUCCUCUCUUCAACAAAGUGCUUCCUCUCUUCAUCAAGAUGCUUCCUCUCUUCUUCAAAGUACUUCCUCUCUUCAUCAUGCAGCUUCCUCUCUUCAUCAUGCAGCUUCCUCACUACAUCAUGCAGCUUCCUCUCUUCAACAAAGUGCUUCCUCUCUUCAACAAAGUGCUUCCUCUCUUGAUCAAGGUGCUUCCUCACUACAUCAUGCAGCUUCCUCUCUUCAACAAAGUGCUUCCUCUCUUCUUCAAAGUGCUUCCUCUCUUGAUCAAGGUGCUUCCUCUCUUCAUCAUGCAGCUUCCUCUCGUCUUCAAGAUGCUUCCUCUCUUCAACAAAGUGCUUCCUCUCUUCUUCAAAGUACUUCCUCUCUUGAUCAAGAUGCUUCCUCUCUUCUUCAAGAUGCUUCCUCUCUUCUUCAAAGUGCUUCCUCUCUUGAUCAAGGUGCUUCCUCUCUUCAUCAUGCAGCUUCCUCUCGUCUUCAAGAUGCUUCCUCUCUUCUUCAAAGUACUUCCUCUCUUGAUCAAGGUGCUUCCUCUCUUCAUCAUGCAGCUUCCUCUCGUCUUCAAAGUGCUUCCUCUCUUCAACAAAGUGCUUCCUCUCUUCUGCAAGAUGCUUCCUCUCUUCUUCAAAGUGCUUCCUCUCUUCAUCAUGCAGCUUCCUCACUACAUCAUGCAGCUUCCUCUCUUCAACAAAGUGCUUCCUCUCUUCAACAAAGUGCUUCCUCUCUUCAUCAUGCAGCUUCCUCACUACAUCAUGCAGCUUCCUCUCUUCAACAAAGUGCUUCCUCUCUUCUUCAAAGUACUUCCUCUCUUCUUCAAAGUGCUUCCUCUCUUCAUCAUGCAGCUUCCUCUCGUCUUCAAGAUGCUUCCUCUCUUCAACAAAGUGCUUCCUCUCUUCUUCAAAGUGCUUCCUCUCUUGAUCAAGGUGCUUCCUCUCUUCUGCAAGAUGCUUCCUCUCUUCUUCAAAGUACUUCCUCUCUUGAUCAAGGUGCUUCCUCUCUUCAUCAUGCAGCUUCCUCUCGUCUUCAAGAUGCUUCCUCUCUUCUUCAAAGUACUUCCUCUCUUGAUCAAGGUGCUUCCUCUCUUCAUCAUGCAGCUUCCGCUCUUCUUCAAGAUGCUUCCUCUCUUCAUCAAGAUGCUUCCUCUCUUCAUCAAGAUGCUUCCUCUCUUGCUCAAGAUGCAGCUUCCUCUCUUCAACAAAGUACUUCCUCUCUUGAUCAAGGUGCUUCCUCUCUUCAUCAUGCAGCUUCCUCUCGUCUUCAAGAUGCUUCCUCUCUUCAACAAAGUGCUUCCUCUCUUCUUCAAAGUACUUCCUCUCUUGAUCAAGAUGCUUCCUCUCUUGCUCAAGAUGCAGCUUCCUCUCUUCAACAAAGUACUUCCUCUCUUGAUCAAGGUGCUUCCUCUCUUCAUCAUGCAGCUUCCUCUCGUCUUCAAGAUGCUUCCUCUCUUCAACAAAGUGCUUCCUCUCUUCUUCAAAGUACUUCCUCUCUUGAUCAAGGUGCUUCCUCUCUUCUUCAAGAUGCUUCCUCUCUUCAACAAAGUACUUCCUCUCUUCAACAAAGUGCUUCCUCUCUUCUGCAAGAUGCAGCUUCCUCUCUUCAACAAAGUACUUCCUCUCUUGAUCAAGGUGCUUCCUCUCUUCAUCAUGCAGCUUCCUCUCUCUUCAAGAUGCUUCCUCUCUUCAACAAAGUGCUUCCUCUCUUCUUCAAAGUGCUUCCUCUCUUCAUCAAGAUGCUUCCUCUCUUCUUCAAAAUACUUCCUCUCUGGAUCAAGAUGCUUCCUCUCUUCUUCAAGAUGCUUCCUCUCUUCUUCAAAGUGCUUCCUCUCUUCAACAAAGUGCUUCCUCUCUUCAUCAAGAUGCUUCCUCUCUUCUUCAAAGUACUUCCUCUCUUCAUCAUGCAGCUUCCUCACUACAUCAUGCAGCUUCCUCUCUUCAACAAAGUGCUUCCUCUCUUCAACAAGUGCUUCCUCUCUUCAUCAUGCAGCUUCCUCUCAUCAUGCAGCUUCCUCUUCUUCACAAAGUGCUUCCUCUCUUCUUCAAAGUGCUUCUCUCUAUCAAGUGCUUCCUCUCUUCAUCAUCAAGAUUCCUCUCUUCUUCAAAGUGCUUCCUCUCUUCUUCAAAGUACUUCCUCUCUUCAUCAAGAUGCUUCCUCACUCCAUUAUGCAGCUGCUUCUUUUCUUCAUCAAUUCCUCUUCACCCUGGAGCUCCUCAGCUUUAUAUCAUUUUAAUUGGAUUUUUUGA